AACCCAGCAAUGUUUCAUGAUUCUAAAGUUCCUCCCCCAUUUUUAACCCUAGUUGGUAACUGAAAGAAAAAAAAAAUACCAGAGUUGAUUCUGGACGAAGAGAUAGAUAGGCAGGAGUAGAAGAAGAUAGAAUAGUUGAUAGAAAAUCCAACCCAAUAACUCUUCUCGACUUUAUUUCGGUGCUAGCUUUUAACCAACCAACUCUCACCCAACUCAUCAACCUUUCAUCUUCCUCGCACCUUUUCCCCUUCUUCUUUCUUCAUCAUCAGCGUCAUCGUCUCACCAGGUACAGCUUUAAGAAAGGAUGGAGCUUUGCAUGGAAGCCAGGGCCUUGAAGUCGAGUUUGCGCAGAGAACUGGCCGUGAAGUCGACCCAGCAUGCUUUGAUGGAGGAGGUUUGGUGUGAUACUGCAAUUUCCGGCGUACCCAGUGAUGAGUUCUCAGUGGAUGACCUUCUUGACUUCUCUAAUGGCGAAUUCGAAGAUGGGUCUGUCGAGGAAGAACAAGAACUUGAAGAACAUGAAGAGGAUGUUGAAGAAGACAAAGACUCUGUUUCAGUGGACUCUGUUGAAAAUUCCAAUUCUAGCUACGUAACCACCGAGUCAACUCUGGCCGGCCAACUCGUCGUUCCGGAUGAUGAUAUAGCAGAGCUUGAAUGGGUUUCUCACUUUGUUGACGACUCUGUUUUAGAGCUCUCUCUUCUGCACCCAGUUAGCAAGGUUAAGCCGGAAACUUUAACAGAGAAGAACCGGUCUGAACCGGAGGCAAGAUAUUCAAAUCUUUCAUGGCUUCCCUCACAAGUCCCAGUCAAAGCCAGAAGCAAACGUUUCAGACCGGCCAGUCGGUGUCGGUCAUUGUGGAACCCACUUGGUGACUCACCGUCGACUUUAACGUCUUGCUUAUCGUCUCCGUCGUCGACAUCGUCUUGUUCUUCAGGGAUUUCAUUGUCAACGCCUUAUCUUGUCCUCACCAACCCGGUUCAUAACGUGGCGGCGUUUUGGGAAGAACCGGCUGCCAAGAAGAUAAAGAGAAAACCGGCGGUUCAGAUCGGUGAUGAGGUAGUUGUAGUCGGGAUUCAGAGGAGGUGCACCCAUUGCCAGGUUCAGAAGACUCCUCAGUGGAGAACCGGUCCACUCGGACCCAAGACAUUGUGUAAUGCAUGCGGGGUUCGAUACAAGUCCGGCCGGCUGUUUCCGGAGUAUAGACCGGCUUGUAGUCCGACCUUUUCGGGUGAUGUUCACUCGAAUAGUCAUCGGAAAGUUUUGGAGAUGAGAAGGAUAAAAGAUAAUGGUGAGCCGGAGCCGGGGACGAGACAGAUGAUUCUGGGUUUUUGAUAGUUUGGAAAUCGGAAUAUGGUGCUACUGAUGAACUCGGUUCAAGCAGUCUGCUAUUGUACAUUUUUGUUGCUUUCAGGGAUCUUUUAGAUUUUGAGCCUUAGUUUUAGGCUUGUAGCAUUACUCUUUAGUUUUAGCUAUCUUAUAUGUGUUAUGAAAUGGCUCAGUAGGUUUGAAACUUUGAAUUGUAUGUUGGAGGGAAAGAACUAUAGAUAUGACUAGAGAGGUUUUAAUUCUAUUUUGUAGGUCUGUUUCUCUGUUUAGUGUUAGUUUUAUUUCAAAGGCA